AUGCCAUCGGGCACUGGCAAGACCGUUUCUUUGCUCUCUCUGAUUGUUGCAUAUCAACAGCAUUAUCCUGAACAUCGAAAACUUAUCUAUUGCUCCAGAACAAUGUCCGAAAUCGAGAAGGCCCUUGCUGAGUUGAGAGCUCUGAUGAUGUAUCGAUCCGACCAACUGGGCUUUGUCGAAGAUUUCCGUGGCCUGGGCUUGACAAGUCGCAAGAAUUUGUGCCUCCACCCAUCCGUCAAACGAGAAAAGAGUGGUGCUGUCGUUGACGCCCGCUGCCGCAGUCUCACCGCUGGAUUUGUAAAGGAGAAAAAAGAGCGGGGUGAGGAUGUCGAUGUUUGCAUCUAUCAUGAUAAUCUCGAUCUCCUCGAGCCUCAUAACCUCAUCCCUCCUGGUGUCUUCACACUCGAUGGCCUGCUUCGCUAUGGCGAAGAACACAAGCAGUGUCCCUAUUUUUCCGCUAGAAGAAUGAUGCCAUUUUGCAAUGUCAUAAUCUACUCCUACCAUUAUCUGCUUGAUCCCAAAAUCGCCGAACGAGUAUCUAAGGAGCUGUCAAAGGACUGUAUAGUCGUCUUUGACGAAGCCCACAAUAUUGACAAUGUCUGUAUAGAGUCGCUUUCCAUCGACUUGACCGAAGAUUCUCUGCGCAAGGCUACUCGCGGCGCUAACAACCUAGAGCGUAAGAUCGAGGAGAUGAAAGCGUCAGACGAGGAGAAGCUUCAGAGUGAAUACCAGAAGCUUGUCGAAGGACUACGAGAGGCAGACGAAGCUCGUGCCGAGGAUGCCUUCAUGGCCAAUCCCACUUUGCCGGACGAUUUGCUGAAAGAAGCUGUUCCAGGCAACAUUCGUCGAGCGGAGCAUUUCGUCGCGUUCCUCAAACGCUUCAUCGAAUAUCUGAAGACACGGAUGAAAGUCCUAUACGUGAUCCAGGAAACUCCUCCCUCCUUUCUGUCUCAUCUCAAAGAGCUGACCUUUAUUGAGAGAAAGCCUCUGCGCUUCUGUGCGGAGCGACUGACCUCGCUUGUCCGUACUCUGGAGCUCACAAAUAUUGAAGAUUACCAGCCGCUUCAAGAAGUCGCCACUUUUGCCACCCUCGUUGCUACCUACGAGACGGGGUUUUUGUUAAUCCUAGAGCCGUUCGAGACAGAACAAGCUACAGUGCCCAACCCUAUUCUGCAUUUUGCAUGUCUCGACGCCUCCAUUGCCAUCAAGCCUGUCUUUGAACGUUUCUCAUCCGUCAUCAUCACCUCCGGGACCAUUUCUCCUCUUGAAAUGUAUCCAAAAAUGCUUAACUUCAGCACGGUUACGCAGGAAUCCUAUCCCAUGUCGCUUGCACGACGCUCAUUCCUCCCCAUGAUUGUCACUAGGGGCUCGGAUCAACAAGCCAUCACCUCUGGCUUUCAAUCCCGAUCCGACCCCGGUGUCGUUCGAAACUACGGCGCUCUUCUCUUUGAGUUCGCCAAAAUCACCCCCGACGGAAUUGUUGUCUUCUUUCCCUCCUAUCUCUACAUGGAAAUGAUCAUCAGUAUGUGGCAAGGCAUGGGAAUCUUGGACCAAAUUUGGACCUACAAGCUCCUUUUGGUCGAGACACCUGAUGCCCAGGAAACUAGUCUUGCACUGGAGACCUAUCGUACGGCCUGUGAAAAUGGAAAGGGGGCUAUUUUGCUUUGUGUCGCCCGUGGGAAGGUAUCUGAAGGAAUUGAUUUUGACCAUCACUUCGGGCGCACUGUCCUGUGUAUGGGUGCACCAUUCCAAUAUACUGAGUCACGGAUCCUGAAGGCGAGGUUGGAAUUCCUAAGAGAAAAUUAUCGCAUCAAAGAGCAAGAUUUCCUCUCCUUCGAUGCGAUGAGACAUGCGGCUCAGUGUUUGGGGCGAGUCCUGAGAGGCAAAGAUGAUUAUGGAAUCAUGGUGUUAGCUGACCGUCGAUUCCAGAAGAAGCGCACGCAACUUCCACGCUGGAUAGCCGAGGAGAUUCUUGAUGGACAAACGGGGUUGAGCACUGAUGCUGCAGUUGGCAUGGCAAAGAAGUUCUUGAGAAGUAUCGCCCAACCUUUGAACGCCUCACAAAAAGCUCCCGAUGGCUCCACAAAAGGAAAAGACAGCUGGGAUCUUCGAGAACUCGAAAAGUUCCAGAAGAGCCAGAAAGACAAUAGGGGAGAGGGUGACGUGGGAAGAUCAGAUGCCAGAAUGCACGAUUACAUGCAAAUGGAAUUGAAUGACGAAUCCUUGCAAAAUGGAACCAAUGAACAUAGAACAACCAACGAUGAGUUCGACGACGGCCUUGCGGACGAGGAUUUGCUCCAGGCUGAGUGUAUGGAUAUUGAAUAA